UGAAAUUACGCACGUGAACAUUCGGUUGCACCAUGGAAGCUUUUUUUGUUGGAGGACUGACACCUCCUCAGUCACUGCUCUGACAUCUGCCUGAGUAAAGACAUUUCACUUCCGCGCGGACAUUCACGUGUCUCAGAUCUUGAGAGACAAUCAUCGUAGACAAAGCUGUACGACAAAAAUGCUGGGAACGUCUGCACCAACUGUGGACCCUACACCCAGCAACUCAACCUUCCUUGACUCAGAGUUUCGUUAUGUGCUGUUUCCAGUCAUCUACAGCAUCAUCUUCAUCCUGGGCUUCUUUGCGAACAUCUACAUACUAUUUGUCCUGCGGUGCCUCCGUCAAACAAAGGCCAUGAGAGAGAUCCACAUUUACAUGACCAACCUGACCAUUGCUGAUCUCUUUUUUGUCUGUGCCCUUCCGUUCUGGAUUGGUUAUUAUAUUCGUGGGGGCGACUGGGUCUAUGGAAGGUUUAUGUGCCAGCUGACAGGCUCCUUGUUUUUCAUUAACACCUAUGGUACCGUCCUCUUCCUUGGAGCUAUCAGCCUUAAUCGAUACUGGGCAGUCACAAAGCCACUGGAUGCAGCUUCCUCAGAUCACAAGUGUCGUGGGAUCGUUGUGUGUGCCGCUAUCUGGUUGUUCACUGUGUCUGCAACCAUUCCAAACUGGAAAACAAAUUCAACCCAUGUUGACGUAGAAAAUAAAAACUUAACUCGAUGUUUUGAGGACUACCAGAAUGAAGACGAUUAUGUCAAGAAUAAUGUAGCCAUCCUUCAUUUCUUAAUAAUUGGAAUGUUUUUUGUUGUCUUUUUCCUUGUGGUGGUCUGCAAUUUCCUUAUUGCUCAAGCGUUACUUACUCAGAAAGCUCCUCAGGCAGAAGUGCGAUCUGCGACAGUCUCACCCAAAAAGUCCAGAACCAUGUCGUCCUUAGGUCGAAGGUCCAGAGGAGUGAAACGGAGGGCUCUGCAGAUGCUCUUUGCAGUGGUGGCAGUAUUCAUUCUUUGUUUCCUGCCGCACCAUAUAGUUCAAGGCCCCUGGACGUUGACAGUGCUGCAGAUCAAAGAUGGCUGGGGCCACAUGGACUGGGGCCAAGAAACCCGUCAAGCAAUUAAUGAUGCACAUCAGAUCACCUUGGUUCUUAUGAGUCUCAAUUGCAUUUUGGAUCCUGUGGUUUAUUACUUUGCCACAAGAAAGUUUAAGAAAUUAAUUGUGGCCCAUAUUAAAAAGUGUGCAAAGGGAGAAGGAUGCUCUUCUACAGUUACCACACAUGUUUCUCCGGACAGCAGAGAUCAGAUUUAGAAACUCCAGAGUAUUCACCAACAGCCCAAAGAGGAAUGACUCAGUGUUAUGUAAUAACAUAAGUAAUUGAUGAGCAGGACAGAGCUGGAGGUAGGAUGAAUAGAAUUGGGAUUGAAUAUAAUAGAGGGACAUCCCAUGUUAGAUGUUUUGAAGACAAAGCCAGAGAGGCCAGACUAUGAUGGUUUGGGCAUGUACAAAUGAGAGAUAUAUAGUGGAAUAUAUCAGGAAAAUGAUGCUGAGGUUGGAAAACCAAGCAUGAGACCUAGAGGAAGACCGAGGAGGAGAUUUCUGGAUGAAGAGGAAGAGGACAUGAAGUUGGUUAGUAUGAAAGAAGCAGAGGGUGCAGAGGUUAGGGUUAGAUGGAGGGAGAUGAUUGUGGCAACCUCCGAGUGGAAUAGUUGAAAAGGAAAGAAAAUGUAUGGGUUUAAUGUCAGCAGCUUCAAACUCAGUCUCCCAUAAGCUUGUAAAAUGGUCAUAAAAUGUAGCCUAUUGACCGUAAGUGCUUACAUAUAGGAAUUUAGUUCUAAAGAUAUAAAAUAUCUAAUGAAAGGAGUGUUAUUCAGUGCUGGUUGGAAAUAGUUCUAUUUUUUGGAGGCUGCAGGAUGUGUGUUGGAGUUGUCAUCAGGAGACAUUAGUUUGUCUCUCAUCUGAUCCAAUACUUUUUCCUUUGUAAUAUUUUUUUUAUAAUUUCAUUUUUAUUUUCACACAUGCUUUUGUCAAUGUAUUAAAAAAUACUUGUAACGGGUGCUGUGUAGUUCCAGGGGUGGGACGUAUAGACACUGCAAGCCCUGCAUGCUACCCCUCUUUCUCGUAUCUUAGCAGCACAGCUCAUCUGCAACAUGAAAGCAGACUUCACCUCCUAAAGACUUUUUAAAGCCAUGUUAAUGCGACCUCACACAUCUCGAUUGGCAUGGAAGUUGUGGAGCUGUACUCUGUAUUGUGCAAUGUUUUUGCUCUUCCUGUGUAAACUAAAAAGCUGAUGAAGUGUUUAUUUGUGUUAUUUAAGUCAUAGCAGUAGUGUUUAGCUCAGAAUGUAUUCAGUCAAAUAUGAAUAUAUUUAAGGUUUAGCCACUUAUUUUAGCCACUAGAACACAUAUAAACAAAUUUCACAUGCAUGAUGUCCCAUCAAUAAAAUAGUGACCAAAGUGUUUAACAAUUAUCAGAAGCAAAAGACAAAAAACAAAACACCCACAAAAGCAAAAACAAAUAAUAACAAUAAAAAAAAAAAAACAAAGAAAAAUUUAUUUUGUUGGAAGAUUAAGAACACCAGCUUCAAAAAAUAAAAAGUUUUCAGUUUAGCCUAGAAGAUAUUUAUGGAGGCCGAGUCUUUGACUGAGAUAAAAAG